CACCUAGGCAUGCAGACUGCUUCUACAAACAUUUGUGAAAGAAUGGGUCACUCUCAAGAGCUUAGCGAAUUCAAGCAUGGUACUGUGAUAGGCUGCCACCUGUACAAUAAGUCCAUCCGUGAAAUUUCCUUGCUACUAAAUAUUCCAUGGUCAACUGUUAGUGGUAUUAUAACAAAGUGGAAGCAACUGGGAACAACAGCUACUCAGCCACGAAGUGGUAGGCCACGUAAACUGACAGAGCGGGGUCCACGCAUGCUGAAGCGCACAGUGUGCAGAAGUCACCAACUGUCUGCAGAGUCAAUAGGCCAAAGACCUCCAAACUUUGUGUGGCCUUUAGAUUAGCACAACAGUGUGUAGAGAGCUUCAUGAAAUGGGUUUCCAUAGUCGAGCAGCUGCAUCCAAGCCUUACAUCACCAAGUGCAAUGCAAAGCGUUGGAUGCAGUGGUGUAAAGCAUGGCGCCACUGGACUCUAGAGCAGUGGAGACAUGUUCUGUGGAGUGAUGAAUCAUGCUUUUCUUCAAGCAAUCUGAUGGACCUGUCUGGGUUUAGCGGUUGCCAGGAGAACGGUACUUGCCUGACUGCAUUGUGCCAAGUGUAAAGUUUGGUGGAGGGGGGAUUAUGGCAUGGGGUUGUUUUUCAGGGGUUGGGCUUAGUACCUUAGUUCCAGUUAAGGGAAAUCUUAA